CUAAGCUAUAUUCAAUUGGCUUUAGUUACUGUUCAGUUUGUACGUUCUUUAUACAGAUACGUGCUCUAUAUAUAUUAAAUAUAUAGCUAAGCAAAACAGCUACACACAAUGUCUGGCACAACCCAAAGCCAUAGACGCUGCUUGGAAGACGCUUUUGGUGGUCAGAGGACAAUGGAUCCACGGCUCGAUCAGCUGGUCGUGUAUAGUUCAGUGUUGGAGCACUUGCUACAACAGAAGCUACACUAUGAGCGCGACCGGGACUUGGAGCUGUUGCGUCUCGAGCGUUUCAAGUGCGAGGGCAUGCAAACUGCCCGCUUAAGGAUACAACAGCGUGUGGUUAAACGAGUCCAGGGUAUGCUGCCAGACAUUGUAUUUAAAUUGCGCAAUGAGCAUGACAGACUCGAGAAAUUUAUGCAGCGAGAGUCGCAGCUAAAGCUAAUCAAUGAGAGUUUAUAUGACAAGAGCUCGCAGCUUUUGCAUGCCUGCAAACAAAAUCUCAAACAGACGCUCUAAAUAUUCUAAAACUCUCUCUCGCUCUCCCUCUCUCUCUCAAAAUUUUAAAACGCCUAACAAGCAAACAAACCAAACUA